CUAAAAGAACCUAUAACACGUACACAAGACCGUUUGGCACAUUUGUAGUUUAUAGGGCAUACAACAUUUUAAAUUUGUAUUAUUAUAUUUUUCUAUACUCUGUCCAACAUAGUACAGUGUUCAACAUGGGUAGGGUCUUCCUCUCUAUUCCAAAAGUUUAGUUUCCAUGCGAGGCGUUUGGAAAAUUUCCUUUCCAUUUUGCUGUACUGGCUGUUAUGGUUGCAUAUGAUUAGAAUGCCCACAGAAAUGUGUGGCACAUUUAUUAAAGACUUAGCCAAACAGGGGAUAAUUCACCAUACGAUUCAAAUGUUUAAAGGCUACAAAGGGGCGUGUUCCGAUGUGUAUGUGUCAGAAACUACAUUUCAAACUGAUUAAGGAUAAUUGGAUCGAUGCUCUGAAGGCCAUAUACUUGCUUCCCAGCAUUGUCAAUCCUGUAGUUAUGCUGGCCAUUCUUGUUAGGAUUUGUCAUGACCCUUAAGGCAUCCCUUCCCAGUUGUACCACCUCUCGAUGGCUUUGUGUACGCACACGUGUAAUUGUUCGCAUGCUUGUCGUGAAAUAUUUAAACACCAUAGGACUGAGCAAACAAAAUUCUUUCGAUUGACUGGUCUUCAUCCAAACGUCAGUUCUCCCUAUAUUGGAUUAUGGCAACCAUAGUUAACAUUUGUUUUGGAGUCAGCAGUUGCAUGCAGAAAUGACGCAGAGAAAGUCAUCAUUGCCGAGUCUUUUCUCCCCUUCUUUGUUCCCAGAAGAUGGAGUAACUCUUCAUUGUUUCAGACGAAGACGAGAAAUUCAUCGACGAAAAUUGGCAUGGAUGAUUGGAGGCAAGAUGGCCGAAGAACAGCCGUCAAAUUCAAACGUCGCAGAAUCGUUUUCAUUUCCAGGAGUGAAACAUCAGGACUCUUGUUGGAGUGACAUCGAUAUCGCUGGCUUCCAGACAGUCUUGGAUAGACAAGCUAAUCUAAUCAGAAGACUCAUUUGGCUCGUGGUUUUGACCAUCUGUUUUGCCCUGAUGCUGCUACAGACACUAGAUCGAUUAAAUUACUAUUUGACGCUGCCGGUUUCAACUACUGUACGCGUCAUCAGAAAUGAUUCCUUGAUAUUUCCAUCUAUAACACUUUGUCCUUAUCGAGACACCUUGACAAGGGAUGCUACACAUUUGGAUUUGGAAAAACUACAAUCUCUGUAUGAAACUAAUUUUCCGGGAGGAGAAGAUUUCAACGAUCCAGUGGAGGCCAUGUACAAACUCGCCGAUAUGUAUGACGUGGUCACGUUGUGGAAACUUUCUGGCUGGGAGUUGGAAAACGAAAUAUCAAGCUGUUUGCAGGCGAGAUUGAACUGUACGCAAAACGGUCAGGUCGAAAGGAUUUUUACAGUUCUAGGCUAUUGCCUUCACUUUCCUGGCCAACCCGUGACAGUCAGCGGUCAUUUUUACGGCUUCAACAUUAAACUUUGCAACAAGGAUAACGCGACGGAUAAAAUCAACAGGUUUUACAUGAUGAUCAGUGACCGGUACAGCACUCACGAUAUACGCGCAUUGACGCACGGCUUCUUCCUGGAACAAGGCUGGAAUAAGGAAGUGGCCGUUUCGCUGAAACACUUUCAAGCAGAGAAUAAAAAUCACGCACCCUGUUCUCCCGACCAAUCAAUGACCGUGUCACGUUGCAUCAGCCAAUGUUUCCACAAAACACUCGUCGAAAAAACGGGCUGUCGAAUGCCGUACAUGAAUUUGUUCAACUUUACAUCUGUCCCGUACUGCAACACGUCACAGCAGCUACGCCUGGCCGAAGAUUUACAGAAGGAUCUUUUAUGGGAAGGGCGUGGCUGGCAUCCGGCUUCCUGUCAAUGCGGAUACGCCAGCACUUGUUCGCAAUAUCUUUACGAGACGAGCUCUGACACGUUUGCUCGCCAUGACGAAUGUGCACAGUACAAAGUGUAUUUUAUCGACAUGACUUAUGAAGAAACCAAAGAGGAAUUCGCUUACGAUAUCAUCUCGUUGCUGUGCGAUAUUGGCGGGACCCUUGGCCUCUUGUUGGGCGCUUCAGUGUUGACGGUGAUCCAGUUUGUCGACGCCUUGUCACGCCAAAUAGCCAAGUGGCUGAUGAAAACACCCGAGCUGGUAAAACGCCAAAAAUCCAGCAUGUUCAACAUUGUGCAAACGAUAGUGAAACCGACUGAAUAUUAGAUUCGUCAUUACCACAAAUGAAUGAUGAUGAUGAUUUUUUUUAGAAAAUGGAAUCAUACUCAAUUCAGUCUACUCUAAUCAUAAA